AAGGGCGUGGGCGUGGUCGGGACUUUGGCGCUGUCCAAGGCCCGGUGGUGCUGAAGUCCGCUUGGCCCUGCGGGCUUCUGCUGGCGCGGGAGGAGCCAUGGCGCGCCCACCACCGCCUCCCUUGGCACGGCGCUUGUAGCGACGACGGUGCCUCCCGCCUGCCGUCCUCCACGCCGCCGCCCUCUCCUCGCUCCCUCCUCUGCCUGCCUGGGCCCGGCGCCAUGACUGAGCAGGGGCCCGCCGGGCUCCCCGUGCGGCUCCUUCUGCGGCUGCUGGUGCUGCUGGUGCUGCUGCCGCCGCCGGGAUCGCCGUUGGCCGGGAGAAGGGCUCCGGCGGGCUCGGGCGUGGAGUCGCUGCUGGAGGAGUUCCGCCGCCAGCUGCAACAGGAGCAGGAGCCUCUGGCAGGCAGACGCGGCAUCGAGCGGGCGGAGGCGGCAGGACGCUGCCGGGGCUCAGGCGACCUUGCGGGCAGCGGCGGGAGCUUCUUCGCGACCAGGCCUGACUCCAUCAUCCGCACCAAGGACUCCAUUGCGGCCGGCGCGACCUUUCUGGGCUCGCCGGGCUCCGUAGCGGGCCUGCGGCAAUGCCUGGACGCCUGCUGCGCCGAGCCUCGGUGCACCCUGGCCGUCCUGCAGCAGCAGCAGUCGCCCUCGCCCUCACCCGCGCCCCGCUGCUACUUCUUCAACUGCACGUACCGCGGCCGCUCCGUCUGCCUCUUCUCCCCGCAACGCGGCUACCACAGCUACUCUCUAGAGCUCGGCAGCAACCCGCCAGGCCCCGAAAAUGAUGAACCUCCUGUCAGCAGAGCAGGGAAAGACAUUAUGCUUCAGUUGCCUGUUGACUGGGUGAUUCUGGAUGGCAGAGAAAGUUUUGAUGACCACGGAAUCAUACAGUAUGAAUGGAGUCUGCUGCAAGGUAGCCCUUCAGUUGCUAUGAAGGAACCUCAACCAGGAACUGUGAAGCUCUUUCAUUUGCAAGAAGGUACUUACAUUUUGCAGCUGACUGUGACUGACACUGCGGGCCAGAGGAGCUCUGAUAAUGUCUCGGUGACAGUGAUUCCAAUGGUGCCCUCUGCAUUUGGUUGCAUGGGAGUUUGUUCACACUAUCAGUUCUCUUGUGAUGAUGGCUGCUGCAUCGAUAUCACAUUCGCCUGCAAUGGAGAGGAGCAGUGUCUUGAUGGGUCUGAUGAAGCUUUUUGUCAGAAAUUAAAUUCUGGACAAAAAUCGAUAACUCAUGUAGCCAUGACAUCUAGCCAGCAACAUGCCAUGGGACUAAUUAAAGAUUCUGACAAGGAACUCUCAUUAGAAACCACCCAUAAAAAUCCUGUAAGCCAUCUCAUACCUGAUGAAGACCAGACCAAGCAAUCACCCUCUCAGGGAACAAAGGGAACACAACCUGAUGGGGUUUUUCCAGUUUCUAGAACCUCAGGGAAAGAUGCAGAUGAUAAGAAUGAAAGUGACAUUGAGGUAUUAAAGGGCACUGAAACUGAAAAGAGCCACCCAGAUCCAGAAACAGGUGCUGUUCUACCACUGGUUUUAGGGUUGGCCAUCACUGCUUUGCUGCUGCUCAUGGUAGCUUGCCGAUUGCACUUAGUAAGACAGAAGCUGAAGAAAGCUCGGCCCAUUAUAUCUGAAGAAUCAGAUUACCUCAUAAAUGGGAUGUAUCUCUAAAGCAGGAUUCAGGUUGUUUCCUUUCCUUCCUCAAGCUUUCCCAAAAAGUGUGCCUCUUGCAUUAAAGGAAAAAACCCUCAUGUUUAAAAGCUACCACCUCCAGACCAGUUAUUGUAAGACUGACAGAAGAAUAGAUGUAUACAAUACGGCUUCCUUCACCACAGCUAUAAGAGCUUCUUAUGCUUGAUGAACGAGGCUAAUCUAUCAUGCUAUGCUCUGUAUUGGCUGCAAUCUGAGAGAAACCCCUUACUGCCAUAUUUCAGGUGUGCAGAGAGGCCCUGAUGGAGCGGGCUUUGUGAUGAGUAAAAUGUCUUUAGGACUUGGAAAUGUGUUGCUCAGACUGCCCUGUGAUAUGAGCUAGCAAUGUUGCAGCACCAUUCUGGUUAGUGUUUAUCAAUGAAUGGCUAAACCAUUAUUAUGUUGACCUGAGUUCUUGCACGAUGCCAGUGUGAUGCCACAAGUCAGGUCACUAUUUUGCAGUGGUCACAUCAGAUCUUAAAUAUACCUUUUUCUGGAAUAUUCACUUACAGGGUCAAUUAUAUGAGAAAUGACAAAUUUAGCACUAAGGAUAUAUCUGAUGUUAAUCAGUACUGUGUAGUAAAAAAAAUCACCACCAUUUCUGAAUCGAAAUAGGUUCAAUUAUAAACUUGUUUUGUAGAAAUGCGUUGCAAUUGAGUGAGAAAGCAGAUUUCGACUUGGAGCUCCCUUGUCACCUUGCCUUACACUGAACAUCCAAAGAUGACCCAGAAUUAUAGUGAUUUAGGAAUGAAACACAAAUGUGUAGCUACACAGUACUGUGUACUGCUACACAGUAAAGCUGAGUAGAUUUUGCUACUGGACAAUCUGAGGAAAACCCCUAUGCUGUUCAAUCUCAGUAUAAGGCAGUGGAGAAGUUCAUUGCUACUAUUUUCCAUCUUAGGCUCAUGCACAUAUCAGGGCUUCAUGCCCCAUAGUUUUAAAAAAAACCUGUCUCACUUUAACAAAAGGUGACCAUUCUCUAGAGAGUGUGUUAUACCCAAUGAACUACUUCGGACUUACCCUAGUACUUGUGCUGGUUGUGCCUCCAUCUAAGGCUAGGGUUGUCAACUUUCUGGAGAAAAAAAAUCCUGUUCCUUUAACAGAAGCUUAAAUGACAUGUUAUAUACAAGGCAAUGUUAUUUACCCCCGUGCCAUAAAACGCUUCAGCUGGCCAUUUCCACAGAUUCAGCCUCUGUUCAAAGCGCAGGAGAUUGUCCUCCAGACUUCUUGUCAACCUUGUCUCAGGCCCCAGGCCUGUUAUUUUUCUCCCCCCCCCCCCACCCGCCCUCCACGUUUCAUAAUACAGCUGCAACAGAUGCUAGAGGUUGGCCAAGGCAGCAAAGGGACCGGAUCACCCUUUCUUGUAAAUGUCCAUAAAAGUUCCUAGUUUGGAGUAUUUUUCUGGUUUACCAAUCUAUACAAGUUAUUUGUGCCACAGCAGAAGCCUGAAAAAGAAAAAAAAAUGAAUGCCUCAGUAAUUUUUAAGUUUCCUUGCCUACAUACCUGGAGACAAUUCUUACUCGGCACAGGCAAUUGACUACAAAACUGGAUCAACCCUAUUAAAGUGUCAGUCGUAAUCAAGGUGCAAGACUGAUUUGGACAACUUGCUCCCAUUACUUCUAACUGCUGCUUCUGCCCACGGGGUUACCAUUGAGCAUUGAUACAACACUGCCUAUUUCAAUAAGUUUGAACAGUUCUUUCUAACUUGACUUUCACUUGAUCUUGCAAACUGCCUGAGCUUCAGUAGCAAUGCCAAUUAAAAUCUCAUCAAAUCAGCUAAAGAAUUCAAUGUACAACUGAACCGUAAGACUUGUUAUACUGUAAAGUUGCGUACUGUAUGUCUUAGUUAUAGUAUGUGAAAUCUCCUCUUUAUCCAACUGUGCAUACUACAAUCAGAGUACCUACUACCAAUCAAUGCAGCAAAGGCAUGCAAUUUUUGAUAUGUCUUAUUAGAAUCCUACCAUAGAAAAUGCAAAUUACUAAUGUCACAGUCUGGUUAUGUAAAAUAAGAAAUAAUAAACCUAUUUUAUUCUUCGUAA